GUACAACACUGACUCAAGCAAGGGAGGGGCUGCUCUGCUGCAAGAUACAUUAGAUAGAAUGAAUGCAACGAGCCUAAAGAACACUUCCUGUUGAUGCAAAAAUUGCAGCAGCAACUGCCUGACACAUCUGGACUGUGGAAAAGGGGGGGAGGCCUGGCUGUAGUGUUAGCGAGCUGCUGAGGGGAAUGGACAGCAUCUAAAUGCCAACCUUCAAGACGGUGAGUGUGGUGGACUUCGUCUUUGGCAUGGACUGGUGACCAUAGUGCGUUUGUUAUGUGGGCACGUCGGUACCUUUUCAGCGCUGUCGACAAACUGGAGAAACAUAUCCAAGAAAUGGACGACGGCAGCUACAUCGAGUUUGAUGUGCCGGAGUUCAGUAACACAGUUCUGACCCAACUCAACGAGCUACGGCUGCAAGGGAAGCUGUGCGACAUCAUCGUCCACAUUCAGGGCCAGCCAUUUCGAGCUCACAAGGCCGUCCUGGCGGCUAGUUCACCCUACUUCCGUGACCACUCAGCCCUCAACACCAUGAGUGGCCUUUCCAUUUCAGUCAUCAAAAGCCCUGAGGUGUUUGAGCAGCUCCUUGCGUUCUGCUACACGGGUCACAUGUCCCUCCAGCUCAAGGAUAUUAUCAGCUUCCUCACGGCGGCCAGCUUUUUGCAGAUGCAGGCAAUCAUUGAUAAGUGCACCCAGAUCCUGGAGAGCAUCCAUUCCAAGAUCAGCCUCCCAGUUAAUGCUUGUAGCCCAGAUAAAGACAGCUCGCAAAUCAGUCACAAUGGUGUAAACGACAGCAACCUGUUCAUAAACCCUACCCAGAUCUCCCCCCCUUAUUACCCUCGGCAGAGCCAGGGAGUCAGCGAAGCUCGGUCGGAGCAAGCAGGCAAAGGACAGGGCCGGGUGCGGCAGCAGCAAGAGGAGGGGCAAUCCGAUCGUGGCAGUAGCGAUGGCGUGUCAGAGCACGAUGCAGUCAUCGAAGGUGACACCGAGCAAAUAGAACUGAUUGGCAAAGAUGGGCAAGUCACAGAUGUGCAUGUGAAGGUAGAAAAGAACGACAGGCCAUCUUGCUCAGAUAGUUCCUCAGCUGGUGACGAUGGUUACCACACAGAGUUUGUGGACGGAGAACAAAUUGUGGCGGUGACCGUGGGUUCCUACGGCCCAGUCAUCCAGCCUGCUGCCUAUUCUUACUCAGGGCUGUCCUCCUCCUGCUUCGUCAACCUCAGCAACUCCAGUCCUUCUCGCUCCAUCCUCAGUGGCUUCAGAGGUGGGAGAGCCCGAUCAAAGCGCCCAGUGGCUAUCCCGGCAGGGGUCCUGAGUCAAAUGAAACCCGCUUCGGACGACGCCGAAUCAGCCGUGGGCUCUGCGGGGUUGGAGAAUGACGUGCGAGAGCGUAGCCUCCGGAGCCAGUGGUACCCGUACAACGAAAGACUCAUAUGCAUCUACUGUGGAAAGACCUUCAAUCAGAAAGGGAGUCUGGACCGCCACAUGCGCCUGCACAUGGGAAUUACCCCAUUUGUUUGUAAGUUCUGCGGCAAGAAGUACACAAGGAAAGACCAGCUGGAGUACCACAUCCGUGGCCACACAGACAACAAGCCCUUCCACUGUCAGAUCUGUGGUAAGUGCUUCCCAUUCCAGGGCACCCUUAAUCAACACCUGCGGAAGAAGCACAUGGGAGCGUCAGAGGCUAGCAAUCACACGGACUCCCCGGAGAGAACCGAGGAUAGCUCAGGUCAAAAGGACCAGGGUGAGACACCAGAGGGGAUGGCCUAUAAGGCGCAGUAUGCGGAAGAGGCACCAGCCAAUGAUAUGGAGGAGAGUUCCAAAUGCAGUCCAGAGGAGGCUCAGGCAUCCAGAUGUGAUUUUUAAGGUCCUGCUUCAGGUUAUGGAAGCUUUAAAAUAUGAUUAGCUCAACUCAAUCUAAAGAACUCACUUUUUUUGGAAUCCCUCUGCUAUGAACCUUUCUUGAUACAAGCGUUUCUGUCAGUUGUUUUUUUUUUGGUAAAAUUGAUGCAGAGAAUGAGUGAAAGAAAGUGGAUGCUUUAUUAUAGAAAUUCUUUCAAGCAAAGGGAGUCACAACGUACUAUUUUUGAGGUGGUCCCAAUAAUCAAGACCUCCAGUUGAUUGCUCUUUUUAUCUUUCCAUGUUUUUUUAAAAAAAAUAUUUACAGAGUUAUAUAGGCAUGUUGCAAUAAUUGAUAAUGUGAAAGCUCUGGUAAGAUGCUUGUCAUAUCACCUUUUUACCUGACCUGUUUUUGCACAUGUGGCCACUGGAGGUCACUUACUCACAAGGAAUGAUUUUUCUGCCAGUGCAAAGCUUCGUGUGACAUAUCCGUUUAAUACCUCAUGUUAUAACUACAUACUCAUAAUAGACAGUAUUUUAACUUCAAUGAAACUCACCGGGUUCUACCUCAUAGCCAAGAACCUAGCCGGCACAGACGUGUUCACCGUUUGAAAUCCGUUUUAGCUUUUAUGUACAGUUUAUCUUAUUGCCAAACGCUGUAACACUUAUUCUUUUUACACAAAGCCUUGAUACUAGGGUGGGAAAUAUUCCUUGCUGAUUGUAUGGAUUAGGGACAAAGUCCUUGUCAAAUGUCUAUGGUCAGCCAGGUUAAAAUUAUGAUCAAGAAGGUGCUAUGUUAGGAGUGCAUUAAAUCUGCAAGCUUACUUGUGUGCUUCUGGCAAAUAUUGCGGACAAAUUAAGAAACUGGCCCUGUUAUGAUUUCAAGACACGUUUUACUUUCUGUCUGGUGAUACUUGCUUUACAAAUACACUUCAGGAUUUUAUCCCACAUCACUACUGGAAGUCUCACUCAGUUGGUCCAGGUGUGGUAUUAGAUACUGUCACCCAUGAAAUGGGUGAAAUAUGUCCACGAAGUAAAGUCACAUGUAUACCUCUUUACCCUAUAGGCUAAUUUACAAUGAAUUAACUUGUGUCUGUUUUAUAAAGAGGAAGGCUUCCAAUGUAAUACUCAGUAUCUGACAGAGACAAGUGUACUUGCUGUUAACUAAGCACAGCUUAGGGACCAGCUUGAACAAUAUGCAAAAAGAAUGAACAAAGGAAUCUCAGCCAUUGCCUCAUAGUUUAUAUUCCGUCAUUUAUAAAGGCUCGUUUUGUUUUGUUGUGUUUGUUGGGAAUCCAAUUAGGAGUGUGUUCCUCUGUGUCAUUGUCGUAGAUGUGGCAUAGCUGGAUUAAGGUUAAAAGAUAAAUAUGUGGAAAUGUGGUCAGUUUUUAAAAGUAUUAGAGCACUUUGCAGAGUUAGGUUUCAGCUUAGUGCCAGCCCACUGAUUAAAAGAGCAGAACUUCGUUUUGUGGUUCUUGAUGCAUAUUUGGAGUAUAACUUCAGUCAGAGAAAAGUACAAAAACUUUGUUGCCAUUCUGAAAUCUUAUAAAUACUAUUGGCUUAAAGUCAUGCAUGUGGCAUGACAUUGUUAUUUUUAUUUUUUAUCUAUACUCAUUGUGUUAUUUGGGAUCAGGGAAGGGGAUCUUAUUAUGUAUAAAAAGGCGCUAAAAGUGCCAAACUAACUGUUUGCGAGUUUAAAACUUAGCCGGGUGGUUCUGUUUGUGCUACUCUGCUUCUUUAUUUGCCAUCCAGCUGUUAAAUGCCUUUUUUGUGUGUGUGUGUGUGUGUGUGUAUUUUUAAAGAACACCUACUAUAGACUUUUAUUUUCUCCCAUCUGGGCCAGGUUGAAUUUUAUGCCAAUGAACUAAAAAUGUAUUACAUCAUAGUUUAUUUCAUAUAAUUUCCAUAAUUAUUGUACGUUUGGUGGAAGAUUCUGUUAUUUGCUUUAGUCUAAAAUUACGUGGGAUUUUUAUUUUGUUACUUCUCUGAAUGUCCUUACGUCAUCUUUACACUUUUAACGGAUGAGAUAGUGACACCAAAAUGUGGAGAAUUUCUCUUAAAUCGCCAUGUCUCGCUUUACUUUAGCAGUGUGUUCAAAUGAAGUGCACACUUUCACUUAUCACAAGCAGUCUGUCAGCCUAUAAAUGUUUACCAAGUACAAUUUUAUCUCUGUCAAACGCUGACAACAUGCGGGUUUGUCAGCUGAUUUGACCUCAUCAAUAUAAGUUGCUGACUAAUAUAAAUUUUACCAUAAUCUUUACCAGUCUAAAAGGAAAACAUCCACAUUCGUUAGAAUCAUCUGUUGAAUAAGUAAAAAAAAAAGCUUGUUAAAUUAAUCUUGUGCCAAGACAUUACACCAAAGACUAAUAGGUGAUUUUUAGAGUCCGUUUUGAUUAUACUAGUUUAAUGCUCAGUAAUAUAGGAUAAGGUGAUUACUAUUUGCAAGUUUGGUUUCUCAGCUUAUAACAAUCAAUUGUGACAGAUUUAAAGAACAUUUUCAAUAGGUAAGUCAGUAAUGUUAUAUUUUAAGCCAUAGAAAAGUUCAAUAAGUUUUGUAAUUAUUAAGUCUGCAAAAAGAAAAAAGAGAGAGAGAGAGAAUAGAGUGGCAUCCUAAACCUCGUGCCUUGCCACAAGCUUUAUACUUUAGAUUCUGGCACUCUCUACAUAUAAAAAUACUUUCUUCUAUUUCACAACUACAUACUACAUUGUUUCAAUUUGAAAAAAAAUCUCUAUAAAUUACGCAGUGACUUCUGGUGGUAGUGUGGUAAAUUAUUCAGAAGGAUAUGAAUACAGUAUCGAGGCACUGUUAAGUGUAUACCAAGAAUGAGUUGGACCUAAAUUUAAUCUAUUGGACUCAGCUAAAUCUGGUCUCUAACUUUCACCUAGUCUUUUUUUUUUUUCUUCUUUUUUUGGGGGGUUGGGGGAGUGGGUGGUUGGGUGGGCACGGGGACGGGCCGCUGAUUUUAACUGAUCUUUGUAGCAGUCGAUCGCAAUCAAACAAGGCAGACUUGUUUCCAACAAGCCAACCAACCGCCCCAUGUUCGCAGACUGUACUCGGACAAUCUGAGUCAUGCACUGUAUUUGAAGCAUUUCAGCGAAGGAAGAUGAUGCAUGAAAAACAACAGUCUACUUCCUUUUUUUUUUUUCUUGUUAUUUUGGAGCAGGAAACUGCCUGAAUAUUCAGCAGAUAAUUAAUGAAUAUUUGUGCGGGGGGAAAAAAGAAGCUUAUUCUCAUAUACUGUAGCCAAAUUGCACGUUGCUCAGCCAGAAAAUUAUAAAAAUGCUAACUGAUAGAUUUAACUUAAGUUUUCUUGUAAUUGUUUCGUUGACUGUGCACUUAUAUUUGUCAAAACUACAUACCAGUUCCAACCGGAAAGUCUACUUUAUCUCCUUAUUUACAUUUAAGAAACUCAGUAAUUGUUCCCACAGUUAUUUUGGUAGGUAGGUGGGGAUGUUGUUCCCUUAAGUGGUGCUUUUAGCUUAUUAAAUAAUGUAUUCAUGAUUGGUGAAUGGAGGCAGAAUUAUUUAAAGGCUUUUUAUGUUAUUUUUUUUUCAAAUAAACCAUAGCUACUUCUUAGAUAGUACACACUUCCAGAACCAACUGAACUUGAAACACUCUCAGAUUGGCUCUUUGUCAGUUUUUAGGUCCACCUCUUCGAAAGGAACCGGACAUGCAUUUUGGGCCACAAGUAAUCAAAAGGAAGUGUUUACAAGGAAGGCUGUCAGACUACUUCUUUUUAAAAUUGCAGCUCGUCCUAUUCCUUUUAUAAUAAACUCACUUCAGGUAGUUGACGAACACUGAUACAGGCUUAAAAAAAUCACAAGUCUUCCAUAGAUUUUCAGUCAGUUUCUGUCCACUGUGUAUUAUUGAAAGAAAAGCAAUAACCUCUUUUUUUAAUAUAAUUUGAGAAAGUGAUUGUGGGGUAUUGGGAUCAUCAAGCCUAAUGAAAUAUUGGCCUGUCAUGUAUCAAACACAACAACGUCAGGGAGCGGAUGAGCUGAAGUAGGACCAGGACGAUUUUAAUAUUGCUUUAUCUUUAUUUUUUAUUUUUUUAUAAUACUUUGGAUGGUUUGACUUUGCUUUUCACAACAACAACAAAAAAGAAUAUUCGGUCAAAGUUUUUGUUGUUAAAGAGAUGUUUCAGAUGCUCAUCGAGACGCAGCGGGAGUCGGUGAACUGCAACAACUGGCGCUCAGCGGCACCGUUUAUGGAGGUGCACGUCCAGCUGAGCGAAACGAUGAAAGGGAUUUCCGGGCUCUAUCGCCACUGUUGUGGAGCGUGGGCCGUCUGUCGACAUGUUGAGGUUCAGCGAUCCUCGGCGGCUCCUCAGGAUUCAAAGCUGUAGUUCAGGAUCGGAGGAGAACAGUUCCUCCUAAUGUUUUCCGCCCUGCCCCUACACUCUGCACUACAAAGUGUCUGACUCUCAUGUAUCUAUUGACAAGGCAAAAAAAAAAAAAAAAACAAUCAAAAACCUCAAACUCAGGGUAAAUAUAUAUUGCUAAAAUAUAGCUAUAUCCUUGGACACCGACUUCGUUUCCGUAUCCUAAACGUUCGCUUCUCCUCGGGCGGGGAACCAAGUCUUCACUCCCCAAACAUUCUGCCUCAUGCUCUGAAUGAGCCCUUAGUUCCCACAGAGCUGAAACCUGAGGCCCGCCGAAGACCACGAACCGAACCGUGACAGCAGAAACGACUCGGCUCCAGUUUUUUUUUUUGUCCACUCUAUACACACAACCUCACAACCCAACUGUGAACCUCAGAACUCUACUGUUUUGUACAACUAUGAAGUAAAUGAAGCUAGCUACAGCUAUAGACGUUGUAUCUAUUGCCAUUUAUGAAUUUAUUUUAUAGCAUGAAAUAGAUAUAUUUAUUCAAAUUAUAUAUUUUACUCAUAAUCAUUCUGUGCUGCUUCAUUUUGGUUCUUAAGCUUGUAAAUUGCCUUUUUAUUAUCUAAAAAAAAAUGUCCAUAGAAUAAUGCGUUUGUAAAAUAAAGACGCUGAUUUGGC